GCCAGUGGAGUCAGUGGAGCCAGUGGAGCCAGUGGAGUCAGUGGAGUCAGUGGAGUCAGUGGAGUCAGUGGAGCCAGUGGAGCCAGUGGAGUGAGUCUCUUUCCAAUCUGAGAGAAGCAUGCGAGACUUGGUUCUGGGUUCAGAGAUGAUGGAGUUUGAUGUGUGACCUGCAUUUAUAGGCAGAGGGCUCUAUAGAGCCAUACUAACAACCUGACAUCUCCUUUACAAUAGCCAUUAGCCUAGCACCCUGCUAACACCUCCCAUACAGAUUAACCAAAGAUUUUUGUAACUAACCCAAGAUAGACCGGAGUCUGUCAUUUCCAAUGGGAGCAGAUAAACCAUAGUGGGCAGAGCCAACCACGAGCUAGUGAGAUCCUAUUGGCACAUUCUAGCAUUUAUUUGCAUAUUUCCAUUAGGGAACGCCUACUCUGAAGUGCGUGUGUGCAAUAACUCAAUUCACUCGUACACUUUUUCUAAACAACACAAUACUUUGAAACUUUCGUAAAGGAUAAAGUCUACAAAACGCAGUACUCUGCUUGUUACAGAUUCUAGUUUGGGAAACAGAAAAACUGUAGAGGUCAAAUGUUUCAUUGAUGAGAAAAUUUGCAGAAUGUCGGCCAAAAUCCUUCUCCCACUGCCGGCCAAUGUGCUUCCUCUCAUCACCAUAUUUGGUAGAGCUAGCUAUUAGCCUAGCAUCCUGCUAACAACGCCCAUACAGAUUAACUGUUCAUAGCUAGCUAUUAGCCUAGCAUCCUGCUAACAACGCCCAUACAGAUGAACUGUUCAUAGCUAGCUAUUAGCCUAGCAUCCUGCUAACAAUACCCAUUCAGAUGAACUGUCCGGAGCAGACAUGUCUUGGGGGGUGGUUGGGAGAAGAUGGGAGAAGAAAAGGGGAAGGAGAUGAGAAUCUUGAAGAGGUGAUUCACGGAGGGAAGUGGUGCAGAGAAAAGAGGUAUGGAGUGGUGCAGAGAAAAGAGGUAUGGAGUGGUGCAGAGAAAGGAGGUAUGGAGUGGUGCAGAGAAAGGAGACGUGGAGUGGUGCAGAGAAAGGAGGUAUGGAGUGGUGCAGAGAAAGGAGGCGUGGAGUGGUGCAGAGAAAGGAGGUAUGGAGUGGUGCAGAGAAAGGAGGCGUGGAGUGGUGCAGAGAAAGGAGACGUGGAGUGGUGCAGAGAAAGGAGGCGUGGAGUGGUGCAGAGAAAGGAGGUAUGGAGUGGUGCAGAGAAAGGAGGUAUGAAGUGGUGCAGAGAAAGGAGACGUGGAGUGGUGCAGAGAAAGGAGGCGUGGAGUGGUGCAGAGAAAGGAGGUAUGGAGUGGUGCAGAGAAAGGAGGUAUGAAGUGGUGCAGAGAAAGGAGGUAUGGAGUGGUGCAGAGAAAGGAGGCGUGGAGUGGUGCAGAGAAAGGAGGUAUGGAGUGGUGCAGAGAAAGGAGGCGUGGAGUGGUGCAGAGAAAGGAGGCGUGGAGUGGUGCAGAGAAAGGAGGCGUGGAGUGGUGCAGAGAAAGGAGGCGUGGAGUGGUGCAGAGAAAGGAGGCGUGGAGUGGUGCAGAGAAAGGAGGUGUGUUUAGUAUUCUUCUUGGUCUCCCUGUGGCGCCUC